AUGCCGGCAAACAAUGGAACUUCUUACCGAUCAUUAGAUGAUCUAGGUGAAAAUGUUUAUAAAAGUACGACGAUCGUCGAGCAAACCCACCAGACAAUGAGUCAAAGUGUGAACAAAAAAAAUAUGCCGACCGCCGCUUGUCCCGAGGAAUCAGCGCUGCUGGGCACAAUGCCAUCAGAUAGCAUGGAUGAUAUCGAGCUAAAAAAUAUCCAGCUCCAGUUUCCUGCGUUGAGAUACCUGAGCAAAGAUGAUGGCUCUGUUAGAGAGGAGAGAGUUGAAACGGAUAAAGGAAUUUUGGUGGUCGCUGUUCAAGGCAAUCGCGCUAAACCUGCCAUCCUAACUUAUCAUGACCUAGGCCUUAAUUACAUUUCGAGCUUCCAGGCAUUCUUUAAUUACAUUGAUAUGCGAGUAUUGCUCGAAAACUUUUGUGUUUACCAUGUAAAUGCACCCGGUCAAGAGGAGGGAGCACCAACAUUACCUUUCGACUACGUUUACCCGACGAUGGACGAGUUAGCACAACAGCUGCUAUUUGUACUGGGGCACUUUGGCCUGAAAUCGGUUAUCGGUUUCGGCGUGGGUGCCGGGGCCAAUAUCCUCGCGCGGUUCGCUUUGGCUCAUCCCAGCAAAGUUAAUGCGUUGUGUUUGAUAAAUUGCAUCUCAACGCAAGCCGGGUGGAUCGAGUGGGGAUAUCAGAAACUUAACGUUCGUCAUCUAAGGUCACAGGGUAUGACUCAAGGUGUUCUGGAUUAUCUUAUGUGGCAUCACUUCGGCCGAGGAACCGAAGAGAGAAAUCACGAUUUGGCUCAAGUUUACACCAACUACUUCGAACGGAAAGUGAACCCAACGAAUCUCGCACUAUUUAUCGACAGCUAUGUAAGACGUACUGACUUAAAUAUCAACCGCGAACUAGACCCGACACGCAAAAAGGACGUCCCGACAUUAAAAGUCCCUAUUAUUAAUAUCACCGGAGCUUUGAGUCCUCACGUUGAUGAUACUAUAUCAGACUGUGGCAUGGUCCUUGAAGAACAACCGGGAAAAGUAAGCGAAGCCUUUCGACUAUUUCUCCAAGGUGAAGGAUACGUGGUGAAAAGCUCGCGGAAGCCGUUGACGCCUACAACAUCCGAAGGUAAUUGUAAUUAG